GUGGCCCUCAUCUUUCCGGGACGGCCCAGACACCCCACCCCGUCCCAUGAACCUCCAGGGGCUGAGUUAAGGCUGCUCUGGGACGGGGGCCUCUACCCAGCUGUCCCCUCUGCGUCAUGUGCAGGAGGCCAGGCAGCUCGCCUUACAGGGCCCGGUCCUCCUCUAUAUAUAGCCCCGUGAAGACAGCUGCGCAGACAGCAACCCAACAGCAAAGCAGAAGAGGACCGAGAGGAGGCCCCUGGCACCGUCGCUGCACCCUAGGCCACCCGCCAUGCCGCUGGGCUUGGAGCAGGCAGAGGAGCAGCGCCUGUACCAGCAGACGCUCCUGCAGGACGGGCUCAAGGACAUGCUGGACCACGGCAAGUUCCUCGACUGUGUGGUGCGGGUAGGUGAGCGCGAGUUCCCGUGCCACCGCCUGGUGCUGGCCGCCUGCAGCCCCUACUUCCGGGCGCGCUUCCUGGCCGAGCCAGAGCGCGCAGGCGAGCUGCGCCUGGAGGAGGUGUCCCCGGACGUGGUGGCCCAGGUGCUGCACUACCUGUACACGUCGGAGAUCGCGCUGGACGAGGCGAGCGUGCAGGAUCUGUUCGCCGCGGCGCACCGCUUCCAGAUCCCGUCUAUCUUCACCAUCUGCGUGUCCUUCCUGCAGAAGCGCCUGUGUCUCUCCAACUGCCUGGCUGUCUUCCGCCUCGGCCUCCUGCUCGACUGCGCGCGCCUAGCGGUGGCCGCCCGUGACUUCAUCUGCGCGCGCUUCUCGCUCGUGGCGCGCGACGCAGACUUCCUCGGGCUCUCGGCCGACGAGCUCAUCGCCAUCAUCUCCAGCGACGGUCUCAACGUGGAGAAGGAAGAGGCCGUGUUCGAGGCGGUGAUGCGGUGGGCGAGCAGCGGCGACGCGGAGGCGCAGGCCGAGCGCCAGCGCGCACUGCCCACCGUCUUCGAGAGCGUGCGCUUCCGUCUGUUGCCGCGUGCCUUCCUGGAGAGCCGCGUGGAGCGCCACCCUCUCGUGCGCGCCCAGCCCGAGCUGCUGCGCAAGGUGCAGAUGGUGAAGGACGCACACGAGGGCCGCCUCACCGUGCUGCGCAAGAAGAAGAAGGGAAAGGAGGCAGCCGGGGCCAAGGCGGCUGACAAGGGUACAGCUGAUGCCAAGGCAGAGGAGGACGAGGAGGAGGCCGAGCGUGUGCUACCAGGGAUCCUCAAUGACACUCUGCGCUUUGGCAUGUUCCUGCAGGACCUCAUCUUCAUGAUCAGUGAGGAGGGGGCCGUGGCCUAUGAUCCGGCAGCCAAUGAGUGCUACUGUGCUUCCCUCUCCACACAGAUCCCUAAGAACCACGUCAGCCUGGUGACUAAGGAAAACCAGGUCUUCGUGGCAGGGGGCCUCUUCUACAACGAGGACAACAAAGAGGACCCCAUGAGUGCUUACUUCUUGCAGUUUGACCACCUGGACUCGGAGUGGCUGGGGAUGCCACCGCUGCCCUCGCCGCGCUGCCUCUUCGGCCUGGGCGAGGCUCUCAACGCCAUCUACGUGGUCGGCGGCCGAGAGCUCAAGGACGGCGAGAGCAGCCUAGACUCGGUCCUCUGCUACGACCGGCAGUCGUUCAAAUGGGGCGAAUCUGACCCGCUGCCUUAUGCCGUGUAUGGCCACGCGGUCCUCUCCCAUAUGGAUCUUGUCUACGUCAUUGGAGGCAAAGGCAGCGACAGGAAGUGCCUGAAUAAGAUGUGCGUUUAUGACCCUAAGAAGUUCGAGUGGAAGGAGCUGGCACCCAUGCAGACUGCCCGCUCUCUCUUUGGGGCCACCAUCCAUGACGGUCGCAUUUUUGUUGCUGCUGGGGUCACAGACACAGGGUUGACCAGUUCAGCCGAAGUGUACAGCAUCGCAGACAACAAGUGGGCACCCUUUGAGGCCUUCCCCCAGGAGCGCAGCUCGCUCAGCCUGGUCAGCCUGGCGGGCACCCUCUAUGCCAUCGGCGGCUUUGCCACACUGGAGACUGAGUCUGGGGAGCUGGUUCCCACGGAGCUCAAUGACAUCUGGAGAUAUAAUGAGGAUGAGAAGAAGUGGGAGGGCGUCCUGCGGGAGAUUGCCUACGCCGCUGGUGCCACCUUCCUACCUGUGCGGCUCAACGUGCUGCGUCUGACCAAGAUGUGACCAGCCCUGGGAGCAUGAACUAAGCACCUCUCCCAUCCUGCAGCCCACACAGGCCUGGGCUUCUGGGGGCUCCAGGGAGGAGGCUGGGUGAGGCCAGAGCCCACCUGGAUCCUGUCUGGUACCCAAGGGGCUGUUUCAGCCAGGAAAAGAAAACAACUGCCCAGUCCUAGCCUUUUGGGUAGAGAUGAGAAACUUUAGGCCUCUCUGGUGUCUCCAGAUCCCCUGGUCUUCUUGGUUCACGAGCCAGAACCACAGUAAGGUGUCCCAGGCCAUGUUCUGGUCCAGCCCCAGCCUGGCUGUGUGUGCCAGUAAAGUUCCCACAGGACUCAGUAUCCUCACCUGUCGGAUGGGGAGUGUCCCCAUCAAGAACACCCUGCAGCAUGGAUCAGUCUCCUUCUGUAAGAAGAAUAAAAUGCCUUCAGAGCAAGUGGCUCUGGGUCUGGAA